UGCUCUCUCUCUCUCUCUCUCUCUAUUCCACUUUCGCAGUUCGGCGUCUCACUUUCCAGAGCUCAGCAAUGGCGACGCUGACGACCUUCAACCUCGCUGGCGCCUUCAAGGGACUCUCCCUUAACUCCUCCUCCUCCUUCUCUUCCUCUUCUUCAUACCUCACCGGUGGCCUCGCGUUUGCGCCCCUCAAUUUCCGCUGCGCUCGCCCUCUGCCAACCGGCUUCACGCCCCUGACGAUCGAGUCGGCGCACAAAAAAGGAGCUGGGAGCACUAAGAAUGGUAGGGAUUCGAAGGGGCAGCGGCUUGGUGUCAAGAUUUACGGCGAUCAGAUCGCAAAGCCUGGUGCCAUCAUUGUCCGCCAGCGGGGGACUAAGUUCCAUCCUGGGAAAAAUGUUGGACUUGGAAGGGAUCACACAAUCUUCUCUCUAAUCGAUGGGCUGGUCAAGUUUGAGAAGUUCGGUCCAGACAGGAAGAAGAUAAGUGUUUACCCACGGAUCGAACAGCCUGAGAACCCAAACAGUUACAAAGCCCGGAAAAGGGAGUACUUCAGACUACAGAGAGAGCGAAAGAAGGCUAGAAAAGAAGGUGUGGUUGUCGCACCACAACUAGUAAUGGCUUCUGCUGAGGUUGUCUCUGAAGACACUCCUGUUUGUUGAUAUCGUUAAUCAAAUGUAAUUCUUUUCUUCUUCAAAGAUGCAUCUUUUUCACACUAUUCUUGUUGAAGAUGUAAAUCUUUGCAAGCAUUAAGAGUAAAAAAUAAAGACUUAACUUCUCCCUUAGUUGUCA